CUGACAUGUUUUAAUGGCAAUCAGAAGUAGUACUUGUAUCAAAUGGCUUCCUCCUUCAAAGCAUUUUUGAACAGUCCAGUCGGCCCUAAAACAACUCACUUUUGGGGACCUGUUGCAAACUGGGGAUUUGUUGCUGCUGGGUUGGCUGACAUGAAUAAACCUCCAGAAAUGAUCUCUGGCAACAUGACAGCAGCAAUGUGUGUCUACUCUGCAUUAUUCAUGAGAUUUGCAUGGAUGGUACAGCCGCGUAACUAUCUACUUCUUGCAUGCCAUGCAUCAAAUGAGACCGUACAACUCUAUCAGCUCUCCCGUUGGGCAAAGGGACAGGGUUAUCUCUCGGAUAAGAAGGAAGAAGCUUCACCACAGUGACUCAAUGCUAGCACGUUCUGAAUGUAGCAACUUGAAGAGAUUUUUCCAUUUGAAUUUGCGUAUUUAUGAAUAAUUGAUUGUAAGAAAUGCUCGUGGAAACUGAGAGGUUGAGAUUAUCCAAGUUUGUUUGAUCUGGGGAGGGUUUGAAUGGAAGGUCUAAACAAUUAGUCAAUUAGUUAAAGGCAUAUAUGGGUGGGUUUUGUAUGUAUCUCCCCCAGAAGCAUUUUAACUUCGAAGGAUUUGUCCAUAGCUGAAAUUCACUUCCAAGACUGGGAGGUGAAAACUCGACUAUAUGAUUUGGACUUUCAUAUUUAUGUGAAUGAACGUUCAUAUGUCCAA